ACGCACACGCACACACACACACACAUAAGCAAGACAUAAUGGAGUAAUUCCGCUGCAACGCUCGUCAUUUAAUUCCGCUGCAAUGCUCGUCAUUUGUGUUACAUUUCACCAAUUCCGCAGCUUGGAAUUGCAAUGAAGGCCUCUAUGUGGGCUUCGUGUUGUGGUUUAUUAAAUGAUCUGAUUGGUUCGGGGGCAGUCAGAAGCCAUCAGGCUGGGUUUGGAGGUGGAGCCGGGCCAUUCAGAUUUGCCCCUGGUGCUGGCUACUCUGCCUACCCUUCAACCAGCUCGACUCAAUCACCAUCUAGCCCUCCUCCCUCAAAUGGAGCAGUGUGCAAAGCAUGUGGUCUCGCCUUCUCUGUUUUCAGAAGAAAGCAUGUGUGUUCAGACUGUGGGCGGAGCUUCUGUGCUCUCUGUAGCGUGCUGCAAGAGAACCUGCGGCGUUGCUGCGUGUGCCACGCCUUGUGGGCGACGGCAUUUGAACGGGCACGCCUCAUGCGCCUGCGAGUACGUGACCUGCGCUGCUACCUCACUCUGCGUGACAUUAGCACAGAUACAUGCACUGAAAAGGAGGAACUCGUUGAGCUUGUACUACAACACAUGGGGGUGGAUCUUCAAGAGGAGGAGGAAGAGGAGGAGGAGGAGCAGCAGCAGGAGGAGGAGGCGGUGGAAGAGAUUGAGGAGGCAGACACUGAAGCCCAGCCCUCUGCUUUAGCCCUGCCAGUUGAUGCUGCACCCCAGAGCUCCCAGCAGCCUGCACUGUCUGACUCCAGCCCUCAGGAAGAAACACACAGAACUAACAGCAGCUCAGGAACCAGCCAGGUUUGUGGAGAUGUUGCCUCUGUGUCUCUCCUCCCCGUGGAGAACAACGAACGUUUACUCGAGCCCAGCCCAAUGACUAAGAGGAGGGCUCGAGCCUCUAUCUCUGAUCUCUCCACUGAGGAUGACAUCGAGUUGUUAACAGUUCGGCAGCUGAAGGAAAUUCUGGCCAGGAACUUUGUGAAUUUUUCCGGCUGCUGUGAGAAGUGGGAGCUGAUGGAGCGCGUGCAGCGUUUAUAUAGAGAACACCAACACAACCGCACCUCCUUGGAAAACAUGAGCAACAGCAUCACUGCAGUCGUGGCAUAUCCUCCUUCUAUAUGUGAUGGAGAAGUUGGAGGUGUGGCUCCUCUCAGCACCAUGGAUGAAAAUGUGUGUCGGAUCUGCAUGGACGCUGUGAUCGACUGUGUACUGCUUGAGUGUGGUCACAUGAUCACCUGCACCCGUUGUGGCAAGAAAAUGAACGAGUGUCCCAUCUGCAGGCAGUACGUGGUCCGAGCUGUACAUGUUUUUAAGUCCUAAACACACACAUACACAUGCACACUGAUCUUCCACAAGCCUCCAUCUUCCAGACUGAAUCUGCUUCUGAAAUCAGUGAUGGUUACACAUCUUGGCUACAUCCCAAAUUCCUCCACAAGGGGACAGACUGGUAAGGGUCUGAAUUUGAACACAGAGGCUUUGUUUAUGUUUGGAAUGCGCCCUUGUUGAUUUCUCUAAAUGUCUCAGAGGUGUUUGACCACUCAUGUGAUAUACACAAUAGAAUAGAAGCCUUUAUUUUGUCACAUAUACAUUACAACAGAGUAAAAUUCUUUCUUCACAUAUCCCAACUUUGGAGUUUGGGUUCAAUGCGCAGGGUGAUACAGCGCCCCUGGAGCAGAGAGGUUUUAAGGGCUUUGCUCAAGGGAACAACAGUGGCAGCUUGGCAGCGCUAGGGCUUGAGACCCGAUCCACCAAUCAACAAUCCAUGACCUUAACUGCUUGAGCCACCACUGCCCCACAAGUCUGUAGAAGUGUGUUAAUGGGGCUUUUAGCUAUCUUGUUCAAUAUCUGGGGGGCACGGUGGCUUAGUGGUUAGCACGUUUGCCUCACACCUCCAGGGUUGGGGGCUCGAUUCCCGCCUCCGCCUUGUGUGUGUUGAGUUUGCAUGUUCUCCCCGUGCCUCUGGGGUUUCCUCCGGGUACUCCGGUUUCCUCCCCCGGUCCAGGAAUCUCUGGAAAAUUGCAUGAGUGAAUGAGAGUGUGUGUGUGCCCUGCGAUGGGUUUUCACUCCGUCCAGGGUAUAUCCUGCCUUGAUGCCCGAUGACGCCCGAUGGCACAGGCUCCCCGUGACCCGAGGUAGUUCGGAUAAGCAGUAGAAAAUGAGUGAGCGAGUGUUCAGUAUCUACAGUAGUGUGCUAAGUACCAGGCAUUCAAAAUAGCUAGCCUUGUAUGUAGCUGAUUUCAUCUACAGAUGUAGACAAUCAAAUGUCUGAGACGUCAAAUGCCUAUUAAGCUGGUAAACAGCUUUAUCCUCCGUUUUCAAAAGGUGACUGCAGUCAAAUUCAGCCGUGCCUUCUGGCAAAAACAAUGGCACUGACAUGUAAUGCCCAGUUACUGGCCAUCUAAGGGGACUAGGGGAAGAGAAGUGGACAAGGGCGCAUUAAAAACAGCACUGGAAUUCAGCAUGCUUAAUAUUUCCAUGUGUAACCGUGUGUGUGUUAAGUGUGUGUAGAAGGUAUGAGAUGAAAGUGUGACGGUCCUCCUUGCUGUAGCAAAACUGAAGCCAGCAGUGAUUCGAGGUGCCAAAUGUACUCAUCAUUAUUGAUUGAUUUAUUGUGUUUAAAAUUACAGUGUUCUUUGUUUAUCAUUAAAACCCCUAUGGAGUUGUUCAUAUUAGCAUAUUAGGUAAAUACUAAAUAAAUUCACUUCUAAAUGCAACACAGACACUAACUGGAACUUUAUCAACAAAAUUUAUCUUUAUCUUUUACCUAUUUGAAUACUUGACAUCCUCCUUCCCAAAGGGCCACUAAGGUUAGUAUCUAGGUCUUGUAGCUAAUGUUUAGCUUUGGCAGUUUAAACCACUGAAAGCUUUUGUUUUGUAGGGUGGUCAUCUAAUUAUAUUUAAUUAGACUUUACUUAAUAAUCUUUUCAAAAUUCAUGAACACUUCUUGAUGUGACCGCUAUUUGUUAUGCUAACAUUGUUCACUGGCAACCUCUCAUUGCUAUUGUUAUGCAGCUAGCUCUAUUUAAUACCUUAUUUUGUGACACUGUUAGCUAGCUAGCUUUUUAUGAUUAGUUAACCUAUUAAUAUGACAACCUCUGUUUUAAUGCUCACCAGUCUGUGAGAUUUAAUAUUUUAAAGUAUUAACUGACAUAUUUUUUGACUUAUUAAACUAGCUAGCUAUUUGUCUAAUGAUUUAACUGUUUAUGUUUAGCUAUUUUAGUGACAACCCUAUAGUGUGGAGCUAGUUAUCCUUUUUCAUUUGAUCCCAAACUGAUAUUUUAGCUUCUAUUUAUCUUUCACCAUUAAUUUAAGGGUUAUUUCAUUUGUCAUAGUAUUUUGUUUUUGUGUUAAUUCUUCACAUAUCUUCAGUUGUAGCUGUGUAUCUUCACAGAAAUCGGAUACAGUAUGAUUUUGUGUGAGUGUGCGUGUGUGUGUGUGUGUGUGUGAUGCCUCCUUAUUUUAUCUAAUACUAUUAUAAUUAUUGGUUAAUUUUAUUUGAUUACUAGUAUUUUGCUUCUAUGUUUUGCUACUCUGUGGACAACCUGAUUUUUAUUGAGCUAACUAUCUACAGUAUAUUUUGCUAACAUACUUCAUUGGCUUCAAUCCCUUAUCAUGUGACUCUUAGCUAGCUAUUUUUGACAUUUUGUUUGUUGUCUGGUUACAGCCCUGUGGCAUAAGGCUAGCUGGAAUUUCUGUUUGAUCCCAAAUAUUUUUCUUUUUAUUAAUCAUUCACCAUGAAUUAGAUUUUUGUCCCCUCAGUAUUUUUAUGUGAAUAUUACAUAUGUACACAGUUAUAGCAGAUCUGUGUAUUUGCACAUAUAUUGCAGAAUUUGAAAAAUUCACCAGGUAGUCAGCUGCUUCUCCAAAUAGAAAUAGUUAUGUGCAAAUAGGUUGCGUCAGAACCAUGCCCUAUUUCCUAAUCCUUAUCUACUGCCUAAUCACAAGUCCCUUCUCCCUACUUAUUUAAUAUCCUCUGCUCAUUAUUCCUUAUUUCUUGCUUACUAUUCCCCUGCUCACUGUUCCUUACUCCCUAUUUAAUAUUCCCUGCUCGCUAUUCCCUAUAUAAUAUUCCCUUUUCCUUAUGUAAUAUUCCCUGUUCACUAUUCCCUUAUCCCUAUUUAAUACUCCCUGCUCACUAUUGCCUACUCCCUAUUUAAUAUUUCCUGCUCACUAUUCCCUAUUCCCUGCUCACUAUUCCCUAUAUAAUAUUCCCUGCUCACUAUUCCCUGCUCAUUAUUCCCUACUCCCUUUUUAAUAUUCCCUGCUCAUUAUUCCUACCCCCUAUUUAACAUUUCCUGCUCAUUAUUCCUUACUCCCUAUUUAAUACUCACUAUUCCCUUAUCCCUAUUUAAUAUUCCCUGCUCACUAUUGCCAACUCCCUAUUUCAUAUUUCCUGCUCACUAUUCCAUACCCCCUAUUUAAUAUUCCCUGCUCCAUAUUCACUAUUCAUUAUAUAUUUUCUGCUCGCUAUUCCCUGCUCAUUAUUCCCUACCCUCUAUUUAAUAUUCCCUGCACACUUUUCCCUACUCCUUAUUUUUCCCUGCUCAUUAUUCCCAAAUCCAUGCUCAGAAUUCCCUUCUCCCUACUUAAUAUUCCCGGCUCAUGAUUUCCAUCCAUGGCAAAGUGCAUUAUAGGUAUUUUGGGGAUUACCAGGGAUUUGACUGACAAUGUUUGUUGCUGUUUAGCCGGUUGAAAAGAUUUUUUUCUGUCUUUAAUUUAAACCAUUUAUAGAAAGGCAGGAAAAAGAAAGCCAAAUGGCAAGUAAUUUAUUCAUUAUUAACACUUACGUAAGUUUUUUGUAAGUUGCAUGGUGUAUUAUUUUUCUGCAUUUCUAAUAAUGUACGAUUCUGCCACGAAUAUUCUUGAUUAUACAGUUUGUCUCUUUUCAUAUGAAGAUUUUUCUUUCAGUCUGCAAAACUAACACUGUAUUAUAUGCAUAGAAUCUACAUAAGUGUAUGUACACACUGUUGCCUGUACAAAAGAUGAUUUUUGGAGAAACCUAUGAAAAUAGGAUUACAGUCUGAAUUAUUUGUGAGGACUUGAAUCAUGUUCUUGUCUCUUAUUGUGUGGGUUUAAUGUGCAAUUUCUAAAAGGUGUCACUUGUCAGAGCCGAGCAGACACACACUAUAGAUAUAUGUAAGAAAUUAAACACUUUUGAGGGUUGUUAUAUUUUGAAACUUUUUAUUUUGUUAAUAUUAAAGAUGAUUUAAUGAAUUUAAUAAAAUAUGGAACCUUG